CAGGGCCUCCGAAAAUAGCAUUGUCAAUAACAUUUGUCUGCGUUGCUAGUUGCAGCUCAUUUGGCAGCGCUCACUUUUCAAUUUUCACUUCUCAAGCCUCCAAGACCUCAUCCAGCAUGGUUCGCGGUAUCCGCCCCCCUCGCCCUACCUACACGAACUCCCAAGUCUCGGGGUUUUACUUCCGCCCGUGUUGCGACGAGAACGACGAGGUGAUUCUCGAGUAUUUCCGUUGCCGUUGCGGCACGGUUCGGAAGCAAAUCCAUAGGAACGGGUACUCCAACCUGAUGCAACAUAUCAGGCGGGAGCACCCUGACUACGAGACCGUCAUGCUCGACGCUACGACGGCGGAGACAGGCUCCCUCGUGAACUUCGUCCGCCACUCGGCGCUCAACCUCCACGGCUGGAUGGUUUGGAUUGUCAUGUGCAACCUGCCACUCUCUUUUUGUGAGAGCCGAGAAGCGCGGCGGUACGUGUAUGCAUAAGGCCAUUGUGUUUACAUUACUACGGAAACUAACAACUUUACUUUAUGGAUGUUAUUCAGCUACUCCAGCCUGGACCCCAUCUCGGAGGAAACGCUGCGAGCUGGCAUGGACGGGGUCGUCGUCGCCGUCGAGCGUUCGAUUGCGUCGGAGCUCCCAGCACGCUUCGGCAUCAUGCUCGACGGCUGGACACACGCAUCUGAGCACUACAUCGCCGUGUUCGCGUGCUAUGAGCUGGCGCAGUGUCGCUUCUUCGUAGCUGACAACUGCGCCGUAAACCGGCGGCUGGCAACUCUUAUGAGUGUGCCGCUUGUUGGUUGCGCAAGCCACCGCCUGAACCUUGCUGUUCAGGCGAACAUGGCGUCGCAUGAGGAGGACCUGGCUGCUGUGCAGGCGCUCAUGGACACGCGCUGGGGCUCUACGUUCGAGAUGGUACGGCGCUACCUCCAGCUCCUCGAGUUUCUUGACGCCGAAGACGACGACCUCAUGGACCUGCUGCCGCCGCCGGCGAUGAACAAGCGACUGGGGGUAUUGUACCAGGAGCUGUGCGACAUCGAGUCGGUCUCGAAGGCCCUUCAAGACCACGACGUCGACCUGCUGGACGUUCGUGAGUGGUUCGACGAGCUGAUCGCUGUCAAGCCACAAUAUGGGCGCUACAUUGGUAAGUUUAUAACUGUUGAAUUUGUGUUUAAUAUUUUCACUAACAAUUGUAUAAUGGUUUUUAUUUUGCAGGGCCUCGGGCCAACAUUGUGCACAGCCCAGAUUUUGAGGCUGGGUGUGUACGCGUUCUCCGCGGGAAGGCGCAGCGGCUGACGCGUGCUGAAAAGGCCGCUUUGCAGCCCUUCGAAGCUGCCAGACCAGACGACGCGGCCGCGAGUGAGGAGGAGGAGGAUCCAGCCGCGUCGUUCGUGGAGCGUCUUCGGAAGCACCGGCGGCUUGCACAGGACUGUGUCAAGUAUGAGCAGCUGAAGAGCAUCCCACCCACGUCGAACGUGGUGGAACGCUUCUUCAGCAUUGCUCGGGUGACGUUUGGUCAUCAACGACACGGCCUGCUGCCACGCACGCUUGAGACGAUUCUGUUUCUCCGCCAGAAUCGGUCGUACUGGGAUGCAACGACUGUGGACAAUUUGAGCUAGAUGAUAAGCUAACUGGUGUCUUGUUAAUAGACUUCAUGCUUUUCAUAAUGUCAUUAUUUAUUGUAGUACGUUGGGGGCAAUGCCAUAAUGUACUGUUGUAUUGGUAGGAGCGUCAGGGGAUAAUUUAUUCAGCAACGCCCAACCUACUAAAUAAAAAUGCCAUAUUCGGAGGCCCUGCUC